CACCGUCGAGAGGCUGUGCGUCACGACUCUCUCUUAUGGGCGUGGACGCGGAGGCGCUGGCUCAGCUAGCAGCCACAGGACUUGCAGGAAUAUUUGCAGGUGCGUCGAUGUACAUCAGUGUGGCGCAGCACCCGGCGCUCAUGGAGACGGACGCGCUAGCAUUCCAGGCUCCUUUCUUCCGACGAAUGUACUUCUACGCAGCGCGAAUGCAGGGACCUGUAGCUGUAGGCAGUGGCCUCAGUGCGCUACUUGUAGCUUGGCUGCAGAAGCAGCGUGGACCACACGCAGGCAUGCCGCGGCUCUGGCUUAUUAGCGGAUGUCUUAUCGGUGGAGUCGUACCCUUCACUAUGCUCAAGAUGCUGGCGCUAAACGACAAACUCGUGGACUCGAAGCGUUGCGUGCACCGUGGCCAGACAUGGAUGCAAGAGAUGUUGCGGCGAUGGGGGAAACUCCACGCAGUGCGUGCAGGAGCGAGUGUACUGGCAUUCUCCGGGAUGUUGAUAGCGAUGGCUUGCGGCGGCGACAGGACACCGGCCCUCAAGUCAUAG